AGCGGUGGGGCCAGCUUGCACACAUGGCUCCGGAGGCUCCGGUUGCCCAUCCGAGCCGCUGCCAGGCUCUAAAGUUCCCAACUGACCACACCAGUAACUAAAUAUAGGAGCAGAUGGUGGGGACGGGCUGUCGCAGCGGCUCCUUUGCAGAGGUCUCCGGACUGCAGAUAAGGCUCAGGCCCUUUUGUGAGCAGCAGACCAGCCUGGGGGCUGGCAGCAGGACACCUGUGUCUGCAUGCUGAAGAAGAUGGGUGAGGCCGUGGCCAGAGUAGCAAGGAAGGUCAACGAGACGGUGGAGAGCGGCUCUGAUACUCUGGACCUGGCCGAGUGCAAGCUGGUCUCCUUUCCCACUGGCAUCUACAAGGUCCUGCGGAAUGUCUCUGGCCAGAUCCACCUCAUCACCCUGGCUAACAACGAGCUCAAGUCCCUCACCAGCAAGUUCAUGACCACGUUCAGUCAGCUCCAAGAGCUCCGCCUGGAGGGAAACUUCCUGCACCGCCUCCCCAGCGAGGUCAGUGCCCUGCAGCACCUCAAGGCCAUUGACCUGUCCCGGAACCAGUUCCAGGACUUCCCUGAGCCACUCACUGCCCUGCCGGUGCUGGAGACCAUCAACCUGGAGGAGAACGAGAUCGUAGAUGUGCCCGUGGAGAAGCUGGCCGCCAUGCCAGCCUUGCGCAGCAUCAACCUCCGCUUCAACCCACUCAAUGCCGAGGUGCGCGUGAUCGCCCCGCCGCUCAUCAAGUUUGACAUGCUCAUGUCUCCGGAGGGCGCAAGAGGCCCCCUACCUUAGGCCACCCUCCUCAUGCCCACCCAGCAAGGGACAGAGGCCACUGGCCUGUCACCCUGGAAGGGAGGGAGGCCCAUGGGAGGCCAGGCUUGCGGGCUGGGGGUGGGUGGGCCGACCAGCAAGUGGUGGGUGGGGUGCAGCCGGUCUGGAUAGAUAGCUUACAACAGUAGCGGGCUCUAGAAUGCCCAAGGGAAGAGGCAAGGUGGCGCCUGCCACCUGGACUCUGGGCACUUACAGCUGCUAUGCAAGCUCAGGCAGGUCUCCUGCCUUCUCUGAGCCUUGUCACUUGAAAAAAGGGACCUUGGAAAAGAUCCCUACAAAAAGGCAGGGACCCUUUACCUCCUUUGGGCUCCCUGGAGGUUUUUAAGCAGUAUGUGCCUCCAGGUUACCUCCAGAUCAGCAGGCACAGGUGGGCAUUGCUGGGUAUUUUCUGGACCCCUGCGGGUUUGAGGCCUUGUUUUUAGUGCUGAGUGCCAGUUGCUGUCCUGAGAAGAGAAGACAACCCCCAUCUAUUUAUUGCUUCCUGAGAACUGACCUGGAUGCGGCCCUCUGCAGGGCCCGGUCUUCACCCCUGUGGUCCCUGGACUGGCAGGAGCCUCCGCUAGGAGUCUUGCAAGAGCUGUGGUGGGAAUCUGGCCUGGCACUGCUGUGGGGCAAGAACAUUCAUGUAGGAGCCCGAGGACCAGCAGGCUGGGAAUGAGGAGCAAGUCACGUCAGCUCUGUCCUUCCUGACAGUUAACAAAUUGGCGGGGUGACAAGUCCUGAGUGCUCUGUCCCUCUGUAGUGUCAUCCCUGAGCUGUGGGAGAGGUGGCCCAGAACGGCAGAGCCAUUUGUACCUGUGGCUCUGGUCUGAAGUGAUCAGAUGGCCACCCUCACCACAGUCCCAUCCAGCAGCAGCCUGGCUGCCUUGUCAGGGCCCCUGGGGGCAAACAAGGUGUGAAUCGCCGAAUUUGUAGCCAGCCAGUUCCCAGGCCAACACCCAAACCCCUGAUGACCUAGUCCUUUUAAGGACUCAACCUGGCAUCUUAGGGUAUGAUGAGGCAACAGGGUGACCAGCUGUCCUGGUUUCCCAGGACGUGGAACUUUCAGUGCUAACACUGGGACAGUACCCGGCAAGUGGGAAUGGCUGGUCCCCUACCAGGAGAAGGCCUGGGGCUUUUUCUUCCUGAGAACACCUGUGGCUUGAAGACUGCUUGGUCCUCAAGCAUCUACGUCUCAUUUCUCUCAUGUGUGGAGCAAGCUGACUCAGUGCCCCAGACCCCACCUGAUCUGCACCUUUGUUUGAAUCUCUGGAGGCACCUGAGGCCCCUGGGCUUGAGACAAAACCAGGCCACCCAAAUCCUGCAUUCUGUGGAUGAGUGGCCACUUUAGCACUCCUAGGGCUAAGAUGUUAGGAGCUCAGAUCACUGCUCAGAGCAGUAAUCCCUGCUGAGAAAGCUCCCAGUUCUCCUGUCCCUGCCCAGGUCUCCUGUCUCUUGGUAAGGAGCUGACAGGUUGGGCCUGUUGGGCCAUCACUGAGCUCUCAGUAUCUCAAGAAACUAUUCGUUCUGCUCAUAUCACAACGCCUGGUUGGUCAAACUCUGGGCAAAGGGUUUUCAGGAUGAGGAGGUUAAGACAGGUCUUCAGAGCUACCGAGUUCAUCUGUGGGUGUUGGGGGCAAGUUGGGGCUGAAGUCCUGUUCAGGCUGUGCUGGCCCCACCUGCCUUGUGACCUGGACAGGGUUUCUCCCUGUUGAAGAAGAGGCAUGCUUCUCUGAUAUGCACAAAGGCAGUGUAUGACUGUGUUAGGUCUACGCAAGAGCACCCCUGGAGCUCCUAGUGUAUCAGCACCAGGCAGGCACUGCUUAUGUGGUUUUGUUUUGGGUUUUUUGGUGUUGGGGUUUUUUUUGACAUGGAG